GUUGUGGAUCGUUGCAACACUCUCAGUACGACUCUAGUCGCUUUGCCGCUUGGAUCGGGCGCGUGUGAAGCGCCGACCACACGGAGAGGGCGAGAGAGGUAACUCGAAACAGCUGAGCGGCAACUGCAGCCAUCACAGACAUGUGGACCGAGUGAAAACAGUGUUUCAGUGACAUAAUAAUUGUGCAGUAUAAACGACAUAACGUGAAUUUUGACAGCGUUUCUAACAAUGGAUACCAAAACUUCGAUUCCUGGUCAGGAGUGGCACAUCCCGCGGCCGUCAUUGUCCACCUGCAGCACAGGCAGUGUGGACGCAAGGUCGCGAGGCGGCUCCGCGUCCAGUCAGGGCUCGUCCAGUAAUCAUAGCACGCAUAGUGCAUCAUCGGGCUCACUAUUACUAAGCGCUGCAAACUUGGCACGUAUGAACAACAAAGGCACUGUUGAAACCGAAUACACUGCGUAUCCAAAACCGAUGGGAUACGGUCGUAAGCCAACCAUGACGAGCACUGUAAUGUCAAUUCCAGAAGAAUCUCGAGAGGUUGCUGACAAAUUCUGGAAUGAUGUCAAGCGUGGUUCCGUUUCGAGUCACGACGCCACCUCGGUGGCCAGCUCCACCCAUUUCACGGUGGUGAAUGGGUUCACGAAGCAUCGCACCGAGAAAGAACCUAAGACUUGUUGCUGCAGUCACUCCCACCAGAUAACUGUACUGGUCAUAUCCAUGACCAUACUGCUCUCAGCUUGCAUACUAGCGGCCAUUUGCUUCGUUGAAAUGAGAAUGCGCAAGGAGACGGGCAUAUAUAAGUAUUCUUAAUUUUUUUAAGGAUGUCUCAGGGCUACGGAAAAUUUUUCUAUAACAGCAAACAAUUAUAAAUUAAAAAUUGCUAAUUUAAAUAAACAGGACCCAGUAAAUUCUUAUAUUUAUAAACAUAAAUGUUGCUAUAACAGUUCUUUAAUAAUAUAAAACUCCAUCCGAUGACGUCACAGCGACGUGCUUCUAUGGUGUGCAAAAAGAAUUUACGUCACGAAGCAAGCUCGUGGACAAGUUCGACGUUUUCCAUCCGAAUAUAUUACUGUGCCCGCUUAGUAAAAUUUCACCAUAUAUUAUUUGUAAAAACGAUGAGCCAAUUGUUUCAUAGAUAUGACUAAGUGCAAUAAUUAUCCAGUUUGAUUUAGAAUAAUUUAGCAUAUUAUGUAAUUUAAAACUAUUUAUUUCUGUGCUCAAAAUUGCAAAACAUUUAUAAUUAAAAAUUAUUAUUCAUCACUUCACGUGUGGAGAAAAUAAUGUCACUUAAGAUAGUAAUGUCUAAGUACUAGCUAAUUUGUUCUGGUGAUCACUGACAAGAGGAAAAGCCAUAUAUGAUGUGUAGCUUAUAAACGGAUAGUUUGUCUUUAACUGACACUAGAAUUCAAUUCAUUCAAUUUUGAAAGCAUUUGUGUUGCGGUAUUUUCACGCCUCAUAUGAUCAUCACCGUACCCGCGGCAUCUUCCUAAUCAUAUCAAGUACAGAAACAAUGUAAAAUAAUCAAUAAUAUUCUCUAAUAUAAAUUGAGAAAUUUAAUCAAAUUGACUAAAUAUAAGAAAUUUGUAUACAGAGUGUCUAAUAUGAGUUUUUACCAAUGGG